AUGAUUUUACGAAGAAGCAGAAAUCCAAUAAAUUCUAUUGAGUUUAGAUCUGACAAACUUCGAGAGAUCGAUUCAAAGAAUAAAAUCAUGAUAAAAAAUCUUGUAAAGCUUAGAAAAUUAAUAAAAAUUGAAUCAAUUGACGCAAUUGCAUUUUAUCACAAACAUAAAGAAUCAGUUGCAGACUCAAUGCUGAUAGAAGUCGAUUCAAAAAAGAAGGAAAUCCAACUGAAUAACGCAAUUGAUUCGAGCCGCAACAAAUUAUCUAAUGAAGUAGCUGCGAAAGAUGUGAUUUACAGUCGCGAAAACUGCAAGCAACUUUCUAAUCUAAUUUAUCUUUUAAAUUUAUGA